AGAAAUAACCGUAUUUAUCCCUGCACGAGAACCAGCCUGCGUGUAAGUCAAGAGGUAAGAACAAGUAUAAAAGAGACAUGAUUCUAGGGUGAAAGAUUUCUAUCAUCCUCAACACAUUCUCACUCAAUCAUCUCAUCUCAUCUCAUCUCCCGUUACUAUCAAACACCAAAGCAAGUCUGUUCAAUAUGAAAUUCAGUACCGCCUUCGCCAGCCUUGUUGCUUAUUGUGCCAUUGGCGUCCACGCAAUGCCAUCCAACCAAGAGACAGCAUCUGAGCUCAUCAACCGUAACGAAAACACACUUGAGAAGCGAGCAUGCUACAGGGGGAAGAAGGACUACGGCUGCGAUAAAGGAUGGUGUUGGAAGAGAUGCGGCGGCGGAAAUGGAAAUGUAGGCGUUGGUGGCCCGUGGUGCUGGGCCAAAUGGAACUGGGGAUGGGGUGAAGGAAACUGGGUCUCUUGUCACUAUGAUAGCGACUGCAAGAAGGCCUUUGCUGGCGAGGCCGACUGUGCUUGGGGCAAUUGUGAGGGCUGUGGAUGCAGCUGUUGAGGUUGGAAAUGGAACCUCUCAUGAGCUCACGAGAAAUACGGGAUUAGGUAACGAACUUGUUGUCUCACAACCUAUGCGUUCA